AUGAUGUUUAUCGACGGUAUCUUCGCAGUGUUGCUGGUCAGUCUCUCGCUGCUAGGAGUAGGGCAUGCUUUUGUGGCAGACCUGUCUCUCCUGGCGUUCUCGGGCACACCGGUGGGCCAGAUGGUUAAUCACAAUGGACUUGAUAUAUACCAAGCCAAGCCCAAGGACCAACAAGCCGGCAACGGCAUGGGGUCGCCUAACAAACCAUUGGUCGGGGUCCUUCUUCUGACAGAUGUCUUCGGCAUUCAAUCAAAAGAGAACAAACUUCUGACAGAUAGUUUCUCCCGGGCUGGGUACGUCACGAUAGCCCCCGACCUUUUCAACGGGAAGCCGAGGUCAGAAGAUCCCAAGUCCGGCUUCAACGGCACGGAGUUCUUUGGUAGACAUGGGCCGAGCGUCACCGAUCCCAUCGUCUCAACGGCGAUAUCAUACAUGCGGGAGCAGUUGGGGGUCUCUAAGAUUGCAGCGGUGGGAUAUUGCUUCGGGGGACGAUACGCCUUUCGAGCCCUCGGCCUCCCCCAAGGCAAAGCUGUGAAUGCAGCGUUUGCGGCCCAUCCAACUUUACUUGGAGACGAGGAAAUCAAAGCAAUCAACGGCCCUGCAAGCUUGGCUGUUGCUGAGAAAGACACGGGGAUGCUGAUCAAGAGAAGGAUGGAGAUAGAGGCGGCAAUGGCAAGCACUGGUCAGCCCUUCACCAUGAACUUAUACGGUGGGGUUCCGCAUGGUUUUGCAACACACCCAAACCUCGACAUUCCCGUGGAAAAGGCCGGAAAAGAAGACGCCUUCUUACAAGCUGUCAGAUUCUUCGAGACAUGGGUAUAG